AUGGCCUCGUUUCUGACAUCUCAGCCUUUCGAAGCUGCAUUACCUACAAUGUGGAUUAUUCCAGCAAUCGUGCUCCUUUACAAGAUCAUCACAUUCGGACGCCGAGAGAAGAACCUGCCACCAGGGCCACCAACUAUCCCCGUUCUAGGGAAUGCGCAUCUGAUCCCAACUGAAGGCUUCUCUGGCCAACUUAAGGCCUGGUCCCACAAAUAUGGCUCAGUCUAUUCGCUCAAGGUUGGCCGGAGUACUAUGGUCGUACUGAACGACCGGCGUGCCAUUCAUGAACUCCUGACCAAGCAGGGUGCUUGUUACAAUGACAGGCCAGUGGACACCCAGAUGAUCGUCUCGAAUAAGGAUGAAAACCCGGCAACAAUGAAGGAAGGCCCGAAAUGGCGAGCUACGCGGAAAAUAAUAGCAAACUACUUCGCUCCGAGGAAUUUGGAUUCGACUCUGAGACCCAUCCAAGAAGCUGAAGUCAACCGACUGAUGUUCGAUCUUCUGACCAAACCGGAACAAUUUUCGUCCAGCGUAAAACGUACGACCGCCUCGAUAGCCAGUAUCACGCUGUUCGGUCACAGAGCACCGAAUUUCGAGAGUUUCUGGGCAUACGCUGUUUAUGUUGUGAUGGAAGCCGGCUCAAAAGCAGCCGCGCCCGGAAGCUACUUGCCAGUCGACCAAUUCCCCAUCCUCAAGCUGCUGCCAGACCGCUUGAUCAUGGGGAGACAACGUGCCAAAGACUUUUACGUCACGAUGACCGGCGUCUGGAAGGAUGCUCGCGAACGUGUUGACAAACGACGCGGCGCAGGGGACAAGCGUGAAUCUCUCAUGGACAGGAUUCUCGACGGAGAGGUCAAGAGCGAUGUCCCACUUUCGUAUUCAGGACUUAACAACUUGCUCGGAGGUGUACACAUGGCCGCCGCGGACACGACCGCAACGGCGAUACUGACGACCAUCCUCUUUCUUGCCAAGCACCCCGAGUUCCAAGAGAAGGCAAGAGUUGAGCUCGACCGGGUUUGUGGAACUGAGCGUAUGCCUGGGUGGUCAGACUUCAACGACCUGCCGUAUGUGAACUGCAUUGUGAAAGAGGGAUUGCGCAUCAGACCUGUCGCGCCGUCUGGCGUUCCUCACUUGGCAAAGGAGGACAGGUGGUACAACGGCAUGCUCAUCCCCGCUGGCAGUGCCAUCUUCAUACCACCCGCCGCUCUCAACUACGACGAGGCCUUUACCACAGACCCGGACUCCUACAACCCUGACAGGUUCCUCCCCCAGGCUCAUAUUUUGGCUCCCGAGCUUUCAGCGUCGCCGAAGUACGAAGAGCGUGACCACUAUUCAUACGGUGCCGGACGACGUAUGUGUGCUGGCAUCCACCUGGCGGAGAGGUCGCAGUGGCGUAUGGUGGCUCAAAUGCUCUGGGCCUUCAAAAUCGAGCCAGACAUUGAUUCCGACGGGAAGCCGGUGGAGGUGAAGACUGGUUACGAUGUGUACGAUGAAGGAUUCUUGCACACUCCGUUGGAGUUCAAGGUGCGCAUGGUGCCGCGGAGCGAUAAGCAUGCCGAUGUUGUCAGGAAGAGUUUCAAGAAGACAGAGUCUGAUCUAAAACAGUGGGAGUGA